AUGGUCUAUCUUCUUCUCCUGCUCCCACUCUCCAUCACUAUCCUCGCCAUCAUCAUCAUUUCCCGAACCAUCACCGCCUCCGCAACUUCCAGAAAGCCGCCGCUUCCCCCCGGUCCAAAGCCAUGGCCCGUCGUCGGCAACCUCCCUCACCUCGGGAAACAAGCUCACACCUCCCUUCAAACCUUCUCCAACCUCUACGGCCCUCUAAUCUCCCUCCGCCUCGGCUCGCAGCUCCUCGUCGUCGCCUCCUCCCCCGCGGCGGCCGCCGAAAUCUUGAGAACCCACGACCGUCUCCUCUCCGCCAGACACGUGCCCAGGGUGGUUCCUUACGAAAUCGCAGAGCUCGACCGCAAGGCAAUCAUUUGGGCGUCCGACUGCAACGACCACUGGAAGGCCUUCCGCGCAAUGUUCAGGAACCAGAUCUUCUCCACCAAGGCGAUUGAAUCUCAAGCCGCCGUCAGGGAGAGGAAGGUCGAGGAGAUGGUUGACUUCCUCGGUGGGAAAUUAGGGGAAUCGGUUAGAAUCGGCGAAGUGGUGUUUGCCGCUAUGUUCGAUUCGCUGUCGAAUCUCAUCUUCUCCCGAGAUUGCAUUGGGUUCGUGAGAAACGAGACGGCGAAUCGAUUGAGAUCCAUAAUUUGGAGAUUGAUGGAAUUAGGGGCUUCCCCUAAUCUCUCCGAUUUCUUCCCAGCUCUGAAGAAAUUGGAUAUUCAGGGCUUAAGGCGCGACUCAUAUCGCCGUACCAAGCAACUCCACUCCGUUUGGGCGCCAUACGUUAAGGAGAGGAGAGAAAAACGGCGGAAGCGAGAGCGAUCUGAAGCUGCAGAUUUCUUGGAUAUAUUCUUGGAAAAUGGACUCGACGAUGACCAGAUUGACUGGUUGAAUCUCGAAUUGUUCGUCGCCGGGACGGACACUAACACGGCCACAAUAGAAUGGGCGAUGACAGAGCUGAUUCGAAACAGGGGAGCGAUGUACAGGCUGCGGGAGGAGCUGAAGAGGGAAUUAUCGCCACUGGAACCGGGUAAGAUCAGCGAAUCCGCGGUGGCUCGGCUUCCGUACUUGAAUGCAAUCUUGAAGGAGACGCUGAGGCUACACCCGCCGGCGCCUCUGCUGCUGCCGCACCGAGCGCCGGAGACUUGCGAGGUAAUGAAUUACACGGUCCCAGAGGGGACUCAGAUUGCCGUCAACGUGUGGGCGAUAGCGAGGGAUCCCACGGUGUGGGAGGACGAACCGACGUCGUUUAAGCCGGAGAGGUUUAUCGAGUCGAAGGUGGAUUUCAGAGGGCAGGAUUUCGAGCUGCUGCCGUUUAGUGCUGGGAGAAGAAUGUGCCCUGGAAUGCCGUUGGCCGUAAGACAGAUUCCGCUGGUUGUAGCUACUUUGGUUCGGAGCUUCGAUUGGUGUCUUCCUGACGGAGAAGAUCCGACGGAGUUGGAUAUGAGCGAGAAGUUUGGAAUCACGUUGCAGAAGGAACGACCUCUGCUUCUUGUUCCGAGCCGGAGUUCGUUAUUAUGA